ACAUUCAGCGGUUUGAGCGAAGAGGAGUGCUCCGACGCGUGCGAGUGGGUCGACUCCUCGCAAAACUGCCAAACGGCGUGCUCCGAAUACACGGAGGACUGGGCGUGCGACGGCAGCUACUGCUCCUGGAGCUACGAGGACGGCGUCUGCGAGACGAGCUGCAGCAGCUUGGGCGAAGACGCGUGCGACGCGGAGCCCAUGUGCGAGUUCAUCGACUCCUGGGACAGCUGCCAAACGGCGUGCUCCCCAUUCCAAGAAGAAUGGGAGUGCAGGGAUGACUACUGCUCCUGGAGCUACGAGGACGGCGUCUGCGAGGCGGGCUGCGAGGCCAAGUACGGCGACGAGGACGAGUGCGGCGAGCACCCGCGAGGACGACGGUGUUCCUGGGACUACGACGACGAAAUCUGCGAGACGAGCUGCGAGUACAGCGACGACGACGGGUGCUGGUUCGAAGGCGGGAGCUACGACGUCGACGACGACCACCGCGACUGCUUCUCCGAGGGCUU